AACAACAACAACAACAUGUCUAUUGAACAUAGAGUUGGAGACAAGUUUGUUCUCGGUAAAAAGAUUGGAAGUGGAGCCUUUGGUGAAAUUUUCAUUGCUACAAACAAGCAAACCUUGGAAAAGGUUGCUGUAAAAUUGGAACACAGAAAAGCUAAACAUCCACAACUUCUCUAUGAAGCUCGUUUGCUCAAGCUCUUGAACCUCUCAAAGAAAGAAGAGGAAGCUGUGGGCAUUCCAAAGGUUAAAUGGUAUGGUAUCGAAGGAGAUUUCAACGUAAUGGUUAUGGAUCUUCUCGGUUCCUCUCUCGAAGAACAAUUCAACCGUUGUGGUCGUAAAUUCAGUUUAAAGACUGUUUUAAUGUUGGCUGAUCAAAUGUUGAAACGUGUAGAAUACUUGCAUGCCAAGAACUUUAUCCACAGAGAUAUUAAACCAGACAACUUUUUGAUGGGACCUGCUAAAAAGUCAGAAAUUGUCUACCUCAUCGAUUACGGUUUGGCCAAGAAGUACAGAGACUCAAAGCACGUACACAUUCCAUACCGUGAUAACAAACAUUUGACUGGUACUGCUCGUUAUGCCAGUAUUAACAACCACUUGGGUAUCGAACAAUCAAGAAGAGAUGAUUUGGAAUCUUUGGGUUAUGUCUUUAUGUACUUUAAUCGUGGAUCAUUGCCAUGGCAAGGAUUGAAGGCCAGAACUAAAUUGGAAAAGUAUAACAGAAUUUGUGAGAAAAAGACUAGUACUGGUAUCAAGACUUUGUGUGAAGGUUAUCCACCUGAAUUUGCCACUUAUCUCAAUUAUGCUCGUUCUCUAGGAUUUGAAGAUAAGCCAGAUUAUCAAUAUUUAAGAAAGUUAUUCCGUGAUUUAUUUGUUCGUCAAAAGUUUGUUAUGGAUUACGAAUAUGAUUGGGUCAUACUGGAUAAGAAGAGAGCUGAGGAUCCACAAUCAGGUGCCUCUGUUGGAGGUGUUUCUGUUCCAAACACUAUGGGAUCUACCGGAAUUAUUCCUGGAUCAAGUCAACAACAAUAAUCAUUUAGCUUUGUUAUGGUUGUUCCUAAAGUAAUGUGAUAUUGAUGUUUUGUCAUCACAUGGAAUUAUUGAACCACUCACAGAGUUUUCAAUAUUUGUACAAUUUGAACACUUUCCACACAUUUUCUUCACCAUUAUUCACCUCCCUUCUUCCCAGUACUACUAACACAAUAAAAAAAUUAAUUUCAAUAAUU